AUGAAGAGGUUCUUCUUCUAUAAGAGGUUCAGCAGUUUUGCGAAGAGAGAAAGAGAAGGAGGAAUUGAGGGUUCUUCUUCUGAAAGGAAAAUAGAGAAUCGGAAGGAUUUAUAUAGAAAAAGGAGGAAGAAAGAGAGAGAGUGCGCAUUUCGCAGACAUGGAAUCGUCAUUCGUCACGAACGCAUUCCUUUUGGCGGGGCAGAGAGGUGUGGGGGGCGGAGUAGAGUAGAGUAUUUGGCUUACUCAGUUAAGAGGGCAUAUUAUAGUGGAGAACUACAAAUUGAGGGAAGUUGGGACUCUGAAACAUAG